CCGUUCUCUCUCCUUCUUUUCUCCAUUCCCCAUCCUCCCUCUCUCCCCCCUUUAAACACUCUAUCCACUCAGCGAUUGAUUCGUGGGAGUGUUUUCACUUUUUCUCUGUUUCUGUAUUAUUUAAUUCACAUCACAAUGCUGUCUUCCCGCAUUUCUCGCGCGCUUCCUCGCGCUGCUUUCGCUCGCACCCCUGCCUCCAGACUCCCUGCCGUUCGGCGAUGGAACUCCACGGAAGCUGAGGGCGGCAAGGUGAAGGGCCAGGUCAUCGGUAUCGAUCUGGGUACCACCAACUCCGCCGUUGCCAUCAUGGAGGGCAAGUCUCCUAAGAUUAUUGAGAACGUUGAGGGUGCUCGCACAACCCCCUCCGUUGUCGGUUUCGCCCAGGACGGCGAGCGUCUCGUCGGUAUUGCCGCUAAGCGUCAGGCCGUCGUCAACCCCGAGAACACUCUCUUCGCUACCAAGCGUCUGAUUGGUCGCAAGUUCACCGAUGCUGAGGUCCAGCGUGACAUCAAGGAGGUCCCCUACAAGAUUGUCCAGCACACCAACGGUGACGCCUGGGUUGAGGCCCGCGGCCAGAAGUACUCUCCUUCCCAGAUUGGUGGUUUCGUCCUCAACAAGAUGAAGGAGACCGCCGAGGCCUAUCUCGGCAAGCCCAUCAAGAACGCCGUCGUUACUGUCCCCGCUUACUUCAACGACUCUCAGCGUCAGGCCACCAAGGAUGCUGGUCAGAUUGCCGGUCUGAACGUUCUCCGUGUUGUCAACGAGCCCACUGCUGCUGCUCUUGCCUACGGUCUUGAGAAGGAGGCUGACCGUGUUGUCGCUGUCUACGAUCUGGGUGGUGGUACUUUCGAUAUCUCCGUUCUGGAGAUCCAGAAGGGUGUCUUCGAGGUCAAGUCCACCAACGGUGAUACCCACCUGGGUGGUGAGGACUUCGAUAUUACCCUCGUCCGCAACAUUGUUGAGCAGUUCAAGAAGGAGUCUGGUGUUGACUUGUCCGGUGACCGCAUGGCCAUCCAGCGUAUCCGUGAGGCCGCCGAGAAGGCCAAGAUUGAGCUGUCUUCUUCGCUGCAGACCGAGAUCUCUCUGCCGUUCAUCUCCGCGGGCAGUUCCGGGGCCCUGCAUAUUAACCAGAAAAUGACCCGUGCUCAGCUUGAGGCUUUGGUUGGUCCAUUGAUCGAUAGGACCACCGAACCUGUGCGCAAGGCUCUCAAGGAUGCCAACUUGAAGUCCAGCGACAUCCAGGAUAUCAUCCUGGUUGGUGGUAUGACCCGUAUGCCCAAGGUCACUGAGUCCGUCAAGUCCAUGUUCGGCCGUGAGCCCUCCAAGUCGGUUAACCCCGAUGAGGCUGUUGCCAUUGGUGCCGCUGUUCAGGGUGCCGUCCUGGCUGGUGAGGUUACCGACGUUCUCCUGCUCGAUGUGACUCCUCUGUCCCUCGGUAUCGAGACCCUUGGCGGUGUGUUCACCCGUCUGAUCAACCGUAACACCACGAUCCCCACCAAGAAGUCCCAGACCUUCUCCACCGCUGCCGACAUGCAGACUGCUGUCGAGAUCAAGGUCUACCAGGGUGAGCGUGAGCUCGUCAAGGACAACAAGAUGCUGGGUAACUUCCAGCUGGUCGGCAUUCCUCCUGCCCACCGUGGUGUCCCCCAGAUCGAGGUUACCUUCGACAUUGACGCUGACUCCAUUGUCCACGUUCACGCCAAGGACAAGUCCACCAACAAGGACCAGUCCAUUACCAUUGCUUCCGGCUCCGGUCUCUCCGAUGCUGAGAUCCAGAACAUGGUUGACGAGGCUGAGAAGUACGGUGAGGCCGACAAGGAGCGCAAGGCUGCUAUUGAGGCUGCCAACCGCGCCGACAGCGUCCUGAACGAUACCGAGAAGGCCCUCAAGGACUUCGAGGACCGUCUCGACAAGGCUGAGGCCGAGACCAUUCGCGAGAAGAUUGCCACCCUCCGUGAGUUCGUCGCCAAGAACCAGUCUGGUGAGGGCACCGCUACCGCUGAGGAGCUCAAGGCCAAGGUCGACGAGCUCCAGACUGCCUCCCUGACCUUGUUCGACAAGAUGCACAAGGCUCAGAACGAGCAGCAGCAGCAGCAGCAGGGCGGUGAGCAGCAGGGUGAGAACAAGCAGUAAACUGCUUGCCUCUCUCAUGUUAACCCUACUGUUUCAUCCUCGGUCACCUCGUGUGGCUAGUGUAUUUUUCUAUUUUCCUUUUUCUCCAUUUCUUUUUUUUUUGUGUUAAAAGACACCCUGAUUUUGUCCUCGCAUCUCCCUUUUUUUCGCAUCAUUUGUACACAUAUCUCAAAGGCUCUUUUUAUCCCCCUUCUUGUUCUGGUGUAUCGGUGUUUGACUACCAACUUGUAUGAUCUAUUUUCCCUUUUACCUUUUACCUUCUUCUGUUGCCCAUAUACCCUCUGGAUUCGACCAGAGAGUAUACCGGGAUUGUCUACCAUUGUAUCUAAUGACAUUGACGGCAAGGGGGCCACCAAAAAGGAUGCGGGCUUUGGCUUUUUCAGGUGCAUGUGACAAUAGAAAUCAGACAUUCUCCUCUCGCUUUUUCAUUUUUGA